UCUGUUCUGAGAGAGAGAUGGCGUUGGAUUACAAACCUCCAGAAGAGUUCGUAGUCAACAACUUACAGCCCCUUGCUGACUUCGAUGUGACGGGAUCGACGGAGCUCUGGCUCAUCCAGUGCCCUAUGAGCCACGUUCCGGAGAUUGAAGGGAAGGAGCUUAAGGUUAAGCUUGGUGAAGAUGGAGUCUUGGGACGUUUCGAGGAUUCUCCUGGUAAAGAGGUUGAACUUGUUAGCUUUGCUUCUCAAGAAGGUGAUGCAACUGUGAUUAUACCUUGUGAGAACGAAUCAAAGAUCGUUGGGAAGAUUUCGAGGCGAGUUUCGUUGGUUCGGUUCCCUGAACCGGAAGAGCUUCUUGAGACAUUUAAAACUCAGCAGAAGGCUUUGAGAGCUGUGACGAGUUCCUCUGUUAGAAACUCUAAUCCAGCUAUGAGUAGCAGGCGUAAAAGCAAACAAUUCAGACAAAAGCUAGCUACAAAACCAGAAAGUUCACAAGUAUUUUUGCCAGUCACUAUCCGUGCCCGCGCAGUGGCUGAUCCCCCGAGCGGUGAUAGGAACCAGAGAUGUUACUCUACAAUGUCAGUAACUUUGUCGUGA